UAGAUUGUGAUUGGGUCUUCUGUAUCAGGCCACUUUCUGACAGACGGUCACCAAAACACUUUUGAAAGGGGAACAGAAUUUUUGCAGAUUUUGCAGACGAGUGAUGAGUAUGUCUUGAGAUGUCCUUUGCGAUCGGAUGUCUAAACACAAGGCUGCAAUGCCAACGGAAAGGGAAGUGCGGUGAUGGGACUAUUUUCAAGUAUGCAAGGUUGUUCGGAUUCAAUCUUUGGAUUGUUGAGUAAUAUAUAAGUGCAAAGAUGCCCUUGUUCAUUGUGGAGACUAGCUGCAGCCUGAUUGGCUGGCUCUUUGUGUAUGUGUUGUUGUGUAUCUUGAAUACAGAGAGAGAUAAUGAGUGGAACUGUAGAUUGGUAACUCUGCUGCAUGGCAUACUGAUAGUUUGUCUGACCGCCUAUAUUGCGUUCAUUGCUGGGCCAUGGCCUUUUACGCACCCAGGCACAGAAAACACAUCUCUCCAGAUACUGGCUCUAGUCCUCAGUCUGGGAUACUUUCUCUUUGACAUGGCUUGGUGCAUGUUCUUUCGCACAGAAGGUCUUGUGAUGCUGGCCCACCACAUCAUCAGCAUCCUUGGAAUAUUGCUGGCUCUGGGACUGGGCGAGUCAGGCAUUGAGACCUGUGGCGUGCUCUUAGGCAGCGAGAUCACCAACCCGCUCCUACAGGCACGCUGGUUCCUCAAGCGCAUGGGUCGCUAUGACAGUUUAGCUGGAGAUGUGGUGGACCUGCUUUUUAUUGCUCUGUUUGCAUCGGUGAGGAUUGGUGUUGGGGGCAGAAUGCUGUACUGUGAGUUAACUUCUCCAAAACCAUCAAUGAUCAUGAAAGUAGGCGGGGUGGCUUUUUACAUGCUCUCCUGGAUCUUCAUGAUAGACAUUGCACGGUUUGCCUGUCGGAAAACACGGACCAAGUACAGUCGAUGGAAAGAGAGGAGCAAACUGGAUGAUGCUAAUGGACAUGCUAUUAAAGUCAAAUAGGAGAAAAAUAUGUGACUGCUGAUAAAGUGCUAAAGUCUUAAAAAUGUUUUUAAGUCUUAAAAACCAAAAAAUGGUUUUUAAGAUUUUUAUUUCUAUCUUUUGGUCUAGUGUGCCAAUGUAAAUAUCAAAUUAGGUUCCAAACAUAUUUUGACAAUAAUAAUAAAGUGUGUUUUUGUCAGUCAAUCUAGGAUAACAUGACCUUGUCUUAUACAGUAUGUGACCUGCUGUUCUGUGAUACACCCCCACGCUCCCAUCCCAAAUGGCAAUUCAGGGGUUUUCCUGCACAAAAGAAAUUCAGCACCAUCCUCUUUGUCUUUUAGAUAUUCAUAUGCAGGUGAGAUUUUUAGUCGCACAAAAAGACCACCAACUUCCUGCAUGAUUCAUUUCCUUAAACGUUAAAGCCGCUGAGUCAUGUUUAGUGAAUUUUAAUAUACAAAUACAAAUCUUAGCUUAAUCUUUUCUGUAAAAACACAUUAGGUCUUAACAACAUAUCUAUAUUUAUUUGUAUAGUUAUCCAAACAUUGUGCCUAUCACUAAGUGGCAUUUGGCUGGCUUGAUUAUUAAAUAUUCACCACAAAUAUUCACAUAAA